AGAAGAGACGUAUGUGACUGAUAUAAAGGCAGAAGAUAUAGAGGGAGAAGAAGAGAUGUAUGUGACUGCUAUAAAGGCAGAAGAUACAGAGGUAGAAGAAGAGACGUAUGUGACUGAUAUAAAGGCAGAAGAUAUAGAGGGAGAAGAAGAGACGUAUGUGAAUUAUAUAAAGGCAGAAGAUACAGAGGUAGAAGAAGAGACGUAUGUGAAUGAUAUAAAGGCAGAAGAUAUAGAGGGAGAAGAAGAGACGUAUGUGACUGAUAUAAAGGCAGAAGAUAUAGAGGGAGAAGAAGAGACGUAUGUGACUGAUAUAAAGGCAGAAGAUAUAGAGGGAGAAGAAGAGACGUAUGUGACUGAUAUGAAGGCAGAAGAUAUAGAGGGAGAAGAAGAGACGUAUGUGAGGGAUGAUCAGCAGUGUAAGGAGGAGGAGAUCCCUACAGAUAUCAGCACAGGUGGACACACAAGCAGGAAUAUCUCAGAAGGACAUCUAAUGUUAUCCCCGGAUUGUGAAAUAAAAGAUUAUGACAGUAGACAGGAUUCUCCAGGAGAUAACCCCAUUACCCCAAUUAUACAUCCAGCUCUACCAGCUGAUCCCUCUGAUCCUGGGAAAUGUUCUCCUGAUCACUCUGAUAUUGGUGCAUCUGUUACAGCUCUGAGAGUAGAUACAGUGUUUCCCUGUUCUAUAGAUACCACAUGUUUUACACAGAACACAAAGCUUAUUACCCAUCAGGCAGCUAAGGCAGGUGAGAGGCCACUGAUAUGUUCUGACUGUGGGAAAUGUUUUACCUGCAAAUCACAACUUGUUUCACAUCAGUGCAGACACAAAGGUCAGAAGCCAUUUCCAUGUUCUGAGUGUGGGAAAUGUUUUACAGAGAAAUCACAUCUUGUUACACAUCAGAGACGUCACACAGGUGAGAACCUAUUACCAUGUUCUGAGUGUGGGAAAUGUUUUACACUGAAAUCACAUCUUGUUACACAUCAGCGAAAUCACACUGGUGAAAAGCCAUUUCCAUGUUCUGAGUGCGGGAAAUGUUUCACCCGGAAAUCACAACUUGUUAAACAUCAGCGAAGUCACACAGGUGAGACUCCAUUUCCAUGUUCUGAGUGUGGGAAAUGUUUUACAUACAAAUCACUUCUUGUAAUACAUAAGAGAAUACAUACAGGUGAGAAACCAUAUUCCUGUUCUGAGUGUGGGAAAUGUUUUACAUACAAAUCAACUCUUGAUGCACAUAAGAGAAGUCACACAGGUACAUCACCAUUUCCAUGUUCUGAGUGUGGGAAAUAUUUUGCACAGAAAUCACAACUUGCUAGACAUCAAAGAAUUCACACAGGUGAGAGGCCAUUUCCAUGUUCUGACUGUGGAAAAUGUUUUGUACAGAAAUCAGUUCUUGUUGCACAUCAGAGAAGUCACACAGGUGAGAAACCAUUUCCAUGUCUUGAGUGUGGGAAAUGUUUUGCACACAAAUCAGAUCUUGUUAGUCAUAACAGAAGUCACACAGCUGAGAAGCCAUUUCCAUGUCAUAAGUGUGGGAAAUGUUUUACACACAAAUCAGAUCUGGUUAGUCAUAACAAAAGUCACACAGGUGAGAAGGCAUUUUCUUGCUCUGAGUGUGGGAAAUGUUUUACA